CAGACAAGCAGUAUAUUCAGUAAGGCCAAUCGAACCGGUACAGCCUGUGCGGCUGUGGUCACAUUCGAAGAAUGCCCAACUAUCCGUUUGUUUUAUCAUAAGCUCUCUUUUUAUCGUGUAUUUAACCGAAAAUACCUUCUUGUAACUUCAAAACGUAAUUUAGUGUUCCUUUAUAAAGUGAUUGUUGCGAAAGUUUAGUUUUUAUUAUACAAUUUGAUAAUGCAGCGAGCGUCGAGCAGCGGUGAGCGAACUCCUCUGGUGCAACCCACUUACGUGUUCGAGUCCAGUCUCUCGCGAUCAUACCAGAAACGGCUACGACAUUUCCAAUGCGCCGUUUGCGUUGGAUUCCUCGCGCUCCUCGGUGUGGCACUCCUGGUCACCAUGUCUUACAGCCUGAGUGACCAAUUAGUGGACGAUGACACUGGUUCUAUCACCACUACCACCACUCCCGUCGUUGAACCCGCGGCGACAACUGGUAACCUCACCGCUACACAGUUGCAACCACUUCUGCAGCUCAGCUGGCCGCUCCAAGGCCGCCCGCCCCCCGAAUGGCCCGGUGACCCACUGUCUCCAGAUGCCAUCUCCACAGCCGUGAAUCAUGGCAAGGCUGCGCUGAAGAAGCGUCAAGAGCUGGAGAGCAAAAGAACCCCUUUGGGGCAAGACACACCUGCCAUAAGGGCGCAGAGAGCUGCGGCCACUUCAGCUUCUAUCAAACCGAUGGCCGACACUGCUUAUGCCAUUGAAGAAGCUACCAAAGCACUCUUUAAUAACACAGACAGCACGAAGCAAACGGGGGGAACAUUCCAGGGACCUCCUACGAAUGGUUCGUUCCUAGAACCUCGCUACUGUCAGAAGGUGGUUCCGAAGUGUCCGUCAUCCAAAUACAGAACUCAAGAUGGGAGCUGCAAUAAUUUGGAGCACCCUUACCUCUGGGGAGUUUCUAGAACUCCGUUCAGAAGAGUGCUUCCCCCAGAUUAUGGUGAUGGUAUCAGCUCGCCUCGCACUGCAGUGGAUGGUUCCAGCCUGCCCAGCGCGCGUGACGUCAGUGUGACGGUGCACCGGCCCAGCUACCCGCACGACACCUCCUUCACCGUCAUGCUCGCCGUGUGGGGGCAAUUCAUCGACCAUGAUAUCACUGCCACGGCCUUAAGCAAAGGAGAAAACAGCAGUGCAUUAUCAUGCUGUGACCCAAAUCUGCCGCCGCACCCCGAAUGCUUCCCCGUACGAUUGGACGCUGAAGAUCCAUUCUACCAGGAGUACAACGUCACCUGCAUGGAGUUCGUUCGAUCAGCACCUUGCCCCACAUGCUAUUUUGGUCCCCGAGAGCAGAUGAAUCAAGCUACGGCGUUUCUCGACGGCUCUACGGUCUACGGGUAUACGGAAGAACGCGCAACAAGUCUGAGAUUGCAAGCAAACGGGAGACUGCGUAUGUUACGGGAUGGCAUGAGAGAGCUACUACCACCUGCUUCAGAUCCAACAGACCCCUGCAAUACAGCGCAGAUGAAUGCGAUGGGACGAUACUGCUUCGAGACCGGUGACGACCGCGCCAACGAGAACUUGCAUUUGACCACAAUGCACUUGAUCUGGGCGCGUCAACACAACCGAGUAACCGCUGAACUACUGACGUUAAACCCCACCUGGAAAGAUGAGAUACUGUACCAGGAAGCUAGGAGGAUCGUCGGAGCGCAGAUGCAGCACAUCACUUAUGCCGAGUUCCUACCCGCCAUACUCGGUACGGAUGUGAUGUUCGCGUUGAACCUGACCCUGCUGCCCGACGGACACUCUGAUGUCUACGACCCCACAGUGGACCCCACUGUGGCAAACCACUUCUCCGCGGCUGCUUUUAGAUUCGCACAUACACUUCUACCGGGGUUAAUCCACAACGUGGACCGGAGCACGGGCACCAUCAAUUACGUGCAGCUGCACGAGAUGCUGUUCAACCCUUACGCGCUGUACAGCGCUCGCGGUGCCAAAUCCGCAGUCUCUUCGGCCAUGAACACGCCCGUACACAGCGUAGAUCCUCAUGUUACCACUGAGUUAAGCAACCACCUGUUCGAGCGUCCCCUAGUAGUAAACGGGACAAACAGCACCUCCCCCCACAAGACAGGCCCAUGCGGCCUCGACUUAGUAUCGCUAAACAUCCAGCGCGGGCGAGAUCACGGACUUCCCGCCUAUCCUGCAUGGAGGGAACAUUGCGGCCUCUCCCGGCCUGCCAGCAUCGACGACCUGGCUGACGUGUUCGAUGAUCAGUCGCUCAGCCGCGUCUCCAAAAUAUACAAAAAUGUGGAUGACAUAGACCUUUACACCGGAGCUCUGGCCGAGGAUCCUAAAGGCCGCCUGCUGGGGCCGACGCUCAGCUGCCUCGUGUCCGACCAGUUCUUGCGACUCAAAGUGGGAGACCGCUUCUGGUACGAGACUUCAGAUGAAACUGUGGGCUUCUCCAUUGCCCAACUGACUGAAAUAAGGAAGACCACACUGGCUGGCGUGAUCUGCGCAAACGAAGAUCUCCUGGACCAGGCUCAGCCUCGAGUGAUGGAAACAGUGGGCCCCACCAACCCACUCGUGGACUGCAAGGAGCUGCCGCAGCCUGAUUUCACGCCUUGGAAACAGAUUAAACCGAAAAAUAAGAAAAAGAAGACUUAGAAAAACAGAUCUGUAUUAUUGACUUGAUAUUUAAAGAUUCUGUAGUUAAGUAGGUUUAGAUAUAGUUUGUAACAAACAUUUUGGACAAAAGUGAACAAUAAGGUAGUGAAGCUGUAAUAAGCCUCAUCGUAGACAUUUUAAGGGAAUUAUUAAAAUUAAAAAAUCGCUUGAAUAAUCAGAUUCUUCAGGAUUGAUUAAAUAUUACGGCAGCUAAUUAACUGAGAUGUAAAUUUUUUAAUCGCUCUUUGAAUGUUUGUAACUAACUUUAGUUUUAUAUUCAAAAGCAAGCUAAGUACCUAAAUCAUUACAGAGAGUCACCUAAGUUGUCGUUGUUUUAUUUUUAUAAAACGAGAAUUACUUAUACCAGAAAUUAAUUAUCAGCAACCUUUUUCUUCAGUGAACAAGUCGUAAGUACCUUAAAAAACAAAAGAA